UGUAGUAGAGCUGCUGUGGACGUCGACGCGGUAGCGCUGUGGGGCUGUUUGGACUUCUUGGACUGUUAUGGGGCAUUUAGCCUUUUAAAGCCACGAAAUGACAACGUUUAGGUUCGUUUAGUCAGCCUGUAGCUUAGAGUUCGUGAAGAAAAAGCGACGCUUGCUCGCUGGAGGUAGUUGUGAGGUGUUAGCGCGGUGCUAGCUAAGUCGUAACCGUCAAUGCCAGCAUGGCAGCGGGCAGCCAGAGUCCCGGCUCGGGAGGCGGUGAAGACAAGCUUCCCUCUCGCAGACAGAGCGAAGCCAACAAGAAGCUGAAGUACAUCAGUUUAGCGAUUCUGGUGAUCCAGAAUGCCUCGCUCAUCCUCAGCAUCCGCUACGUGCGGACGUUGCCGGGUGACCGUUUCUUCGCCACAUCUGCUGUGGUUAUGGCGGAGGUCCUGAAAGUCUUCACCUGCCUCGUUCUCAUCCUGUUUCAGAGGAAAGGGAAUGUGAAGGAGUUUGUGGUGUUGCUGUUUGACUCUAUAGUGGUCCAGUAUUGGGACACACUGAAGUUAGCAAUUCCAUCACUCAUCUACACCUUACAGAACAACCUGCAAUACGUGGCCAUCUCAAAUUUACCAGCAGCCACUUUCCAGGUGACAUACCAGCUAAAGAUCCUGACCACAGCGUUGUUCUCAGUGCUGAUGCUGCGAAAGAGCCUGUCCCGGGUGCAGUGGGUCUCCUUGCUGCUCCUCUUUGCUGGCGUGGCCAUUGUCCAGGUGGAGCAAGAUGGAAGCAAGCAGAAGGAGGCUAUAGGCUCCUCUGCUAACCAGAACUACGCCAAAGGCCUGGUGGCAGUGGUGGUGUCAUGCCUGUCCUCAGGCUUCGCUGGUGUUUACUUUGAGAAGAUCCUGAAGGGCAGUUCAGCCUCGGUUUGGCUCAGGAACGUACAGCUGGGCAUUUUCGGCACUCUGCUGGGCCUGCUGGGCCUGUGGUGGAACGAUGGUGCCGCCAUUGCUGAAAAGGGCUUCCUCUUUGGUUACACGCCCAUGGUGUGGGGUGUGAUCUUCAACCAGGCCUUCGGGGGCCUGCUGGUAGCUGUGGUGGUGAAGUAUGCGGACAACAUCCUGAAAGGCUUUGCCACCUCCUUCUCCAUCAUCGUGUCCACAGUCAUGUCCAUCUACCUCUUCGGGUUCCAUGUGGACCUACUCUUCACAGUGGGUGCUGGACUAGUCAUAGGAGCCGUGUACAUGUACAGCCUGCCCAAAUCUGCAGCGCCAUCGUCCAGCACCAGGUCCUCGCUGUCCUCUUCAAACCACAACAACAGGGCCGGAGAUUCAGAGACGGAUGAAUUCCUUCCAAAGACCUCAGAGAAGGAGAAAGGAAGCUAAACUGUGAAACACUUCCACAAGAAAUGAGCAGAGAGCAAGAAGCAAGAACGCGCCUCAGGACCAAAGGAGGGAAAAGGAGUAAAGUGAAAAGAAAAGUGCCUUCAUGUAAUAACAGUAUUCAGUUUAUAACCAGGAAUAUUUUAUUUUUCUAACGCUAAUCAUAACACAGAAUAUUUUACUGGACGACUGUGAUUGUGUUUCAAAUUGAAGUGGUUCUUUGCUGAGACCAUUUACUGUAUGGCUUAAACUUCAUUGUCCUUUUCCUCAUUAGACUGUAUGUUUUUUUCUUUAGCCAAACAACUGGUCUGUCUGGGAAUAUCCAGGCCAUGAAGUCAUUGAAAACUGAUUUUAAUAUUAAUACUUUAAAACCUGGAUGCUAGUACAAAAACACAUAUGCAUUUUCUUUGUUUACAUUUCUGUCUAUGAGGUUUAUGAGUAGUUUGUUUCCUCAGUGUAUUUUCUGGAUUAUUAUUUUUUUUAACACACUCAAAUGAUUAACACAUUUGUUCUGAGGUACUUGGCAUUGUUUACUUUAUAUUUUUAUAUCUUCGUCAUAUUAUUUGUUAAUAUUAUAGAAAGCAUUUAAGGAAAAUGGCUAACUAGAUUUUUUUUAUAGCUUACUAGAUUUUUUCCAAGUGCUCUUUUAACACUAAGCUUGAAAUUGCCUUCAAAAUGUGCCUUAACUUUUUUGCUAUCAGAGCACAUUUGUUUAUAUAUAUUAUGCUUUUUCAUACACUAAAAUUUACAUUUGGUGCAGUGGAGGCUCCAUUUAGUCACUCCGUUAUCAAAAGGCAAAGAAUUUGACAUUUUUAAGUGUGAAAUUAAAGUGUAUGUUGUAUUUAUAUGACGUUCUCAUUGGCGCCCUCUGCAGGAUACUCGCUACACUGACACCCUGGAAGAAUUUUACCAUGUUUAUAUUGUUAUGAUAAGUUUAGAGAUGGUGCUAAUAGGUUGAAUCGUUUCGCAUGAUUACAAGCA